AUGCGCUUCAUCGCAAUUGCAGCUCUUCUGGCUUCAAGCCUUCUACUUAUCGAGGCAACAUCAAUUCGCGAUAAACGUCAAUCAUGUGGCUGUGCUCCGCGAGUUCAACCAAGCUGCUCAUGUCAACGAACCACUUAUACUACUCAACCACAACAGUACAGUUGUUCCUGUCAGAACACUGCUCCAGUCCAGGCAUCCUGCUCAUGUGCUCAGCCAGUUCAGCAUCAAAGUUACCAAGUGCAAACUUCUCAAUGUGCUCCAGCUUGUCAACAGUCAUGCCAGAUGCAAUGCCAAUCUGCUCCAUUUGUGAAUGAGUGUCAAUCUCAAUGCCAACAAAGUUGUCAGACUUCUUCCUGUUAUGCUCCAGCUGCUCCAGCUCCAGUUCAAUGCAUGCCACAAUGCCAACAACAGUGCACUCAGCAAUGUGUUCAAACUCAACCAAUUCAACAAUGUCAACCACAAUGCCAGCAGCAAUGUGUUCAACAAUGUGCUCCAAGAGUAGCUCCACAAAUCGUCAGUAUGAACUUGGAAGUCCCUGCUCAAUGUCCACAGUGCCAGCAAACCUGCCACCGACAAUGUGUUCAACAACAAUUUCCAGUCCAACAGUGCACCCAGCAAUGCACCCUAGAAUGUCAGCCAACAUGCCAGCAAGCAGUUCCACAAUGUCAGCAACAGUGUGCUCCACAGUGCCAACAGCCAUCAGCUCCACAAUGUCAGCAAUGUCAAUCAGCAUGCCAAUCUCCAGUUGUUGCUCCUCAGAUCAUCACUUUGGAAGUAGUUCCACAAUGUCAGCAACAGUGUGCUCCACAGUGCCAGCAACCAGCUGCUCCACAAUGCCAGCAGUGCCAGACAACCUGCCAACAAUUUGCUCCAGUUUGCCAGCAGCAGUGUGCUCCACAAUGCACCCUUCCAUCCGCACCAGUUUGCCAACAAUGUCAAACUUCGUGCCAACAAUUUGCUCCAGUUUGCCAGGAACAGUGUGCUCCACAGUGCCAGCAACCAGCUGCUCCACAAUGUCAGCAAUGCCAAUCAGCAUGCCAAUCUCCAGUUAUUGCUCCUCAGAUCAUCACUUUGGAAGUAGUUCCAGAAUGUCAGCAACAGUGUGCUCCUCAAUGCCAACAGCCAUCAGCACCACAAUGCCAGCAGUGCCAGAAUACCUGUCAGCAGUUCGCUCCAGUUUGCCAGCAACAGUGUGCUCCACAAUGCACACUUCCAUCCGCACCAGCUUGCCAACAAUGUCAAACUUCGUGCCAACAGACUCAACAGUGCCACCAGCAAUGCAUUCCACAAUGCCAGCAACCAGCUGCUCCACAAUGUCAGCAAUGUCAAUCAGCAUGCCAAUCUCCAGUUGUUGCUCCACAAAUUGUAACUGUCAUCCUAGAAGCUUCAGUGUCUCAAUCUGCUCAAUGUGAACCAGAAUGCCAACAAUCAUGCCAACAGCAAUGUGUUCAACAACAACAACCAAUGAUUCAAUGCGCUCCAGCUUGCACCCAAUCAUGCUCACAAUCCUGCUCUAUUGCUCAACCAGCUCAGAUGCCAUGCAUGACUGAAUCGAUCAACUCCUGCUCUUGCCAGCAGAACUAUUCUCCAUGUGGAAAUGGACAGUGUUGCAAGAGAUAA